AUGAUCAUAUUUUAUGAAUUAUUUCAGGAUAUCUUCCCAAAUGCCUCUCAUCUGCCGACAUUCAGCUCUCCUGCCAUUGAGAGUCACCUGCAUAGGAUUCCUGGACUCUCUGAUAAGUUCAUCUAUAUGAACGAUGAUGUCAUGUUUGGGAAAGAGGUCUGGCCGGAUGAUUUCUACACUCACGCUCAUGGGCAGAAGGUGUACCUCACAUGGCCCGUGCCCAACUGCCAGGAAGGCUGCCCAGGAAGUUGGAUAAAGGAUGGUUACUGUGAUAAGGCAUGUAACAACACAGAAUGUGACUGGGAUGGGGGUGACUGCACAGGCGAUAAUGUACGUCACAGCUUUGGUGGCGACUUUGGAGGUGGCAAUUGGGGGCACCAGUCCAAUGAUAAAAUGUAUUGUAAUGCUGGCUGUGCCAACAAUUGGAUUGCAGAUAGAUAUUGUGAUCAGUCAUGCAAUGUGAAGGAGUGUGGCUUUGAUGCUGGAGAUUGUGGAGAUGCGAAUUUUCACAAGAUGUACAGAGUAGAUGUAAACCCUAACCUUGAGAACUAUACACUACCUCAAGGGACCCUUGUUUCAUACUUUAAUUUGAGUGCUGUGUUUGGGGCUAAUGGCACUAUAGAAGAGGGGAAGUAUGAUGAGAGUGAAGCCAUACGUAGUGGUACCAUGUCACAGAAGUUCAAGACCCUCCAUGUGAUCCUGUAUGAAAAACACAACAACACUAAUCUCCAUUUUACAUUGAAGGGCUCAAGCGGUACUGAGAAAGUAUGGUUGAGUUUUAAUGUGACCGUCAACACAAAUCCUGUUCCUCAUAAAGAUGGCGCAUCUGAAGGGGAGGUUAUCAUUGAAAGUAAAGUGCUGAACAAAACAUCUAAUGUCACACAUGUGGUGUCUAAAGUCAGCAACAGAACUAAAGCACUACCAUUUGUGUUCACAGAUGUUCCCCAGGACAUAAGAUCCCCAAGGGUAGCAGUGAGAGAUAUAGAUCCCAAGAGAUACCAGGUCUAUAAUACCUCAGAUCUUAAACUCCCAGAGAAUGUAAAGGAACUUCUGGAACAACUAGAGGCAGACUUCAAACAAGGUGAUUUAACUGAGAAGGGAUAUAAUUUAGAGAAAGCUGAUAUCCUUGAUAAACACCAAGAAGAUAUCAAACUUUUCCAACACCAACAACAGCAAGCGAUGAGGAAACAUAAAGAUGAGAAUAUUGAAGAAAAUAAGUUGAAAUUUAAUGGCGAUCAUCUCAAUGUACAUGAACAAGGAAAUGCCAAUGUUGUUAAUAUGGAGAAUGCUCAAGUUGAUGUAAAAGCUGAAAAUGUUGACACUGUAAAUAAGAAAAUACAAGAUGCGCCAAUAGAAAAACUACCCAAUCUUCAGAAUGAGAAAUUACAAAACUUCCCUGAUAAGAAAGUUGAUACGGUUGAGAAUAGAGAGGAGGAAGGUGGGCAUGCCUUUGCUCCCGAAGAUAGUGAAUUAAAAGCUAAUGCUCAAGAGAACAAUAAUGGUGGAGAUAAUUUAAAGGAGACUGAUCAACAACAAGUAGUAGGAAAUGUACAGCAAGAAAACCAACAAAGAUUUCAACAAGUCAAUCAACAGCCAAUACAACAACAAAACAACAAACAAUUGCAACAAAAUAAUGAACUAUUACAAAAUAAUCAACAAAAUCAACAACAGCUUUUACAAAAUAAUCAAGAACCAUUACAACAAAAUCAACAACUUUUACAAAACAAUCAGGAACCAUUACAACAAAAUCAACAGCUUUUACAAAAUAAUCAAGAACCAUUACAACAAAAUCAACAACUAUUACAAAAUAAUCAAGAACCAUUGCAACAAAAUCAACAGCUUUUACAAAAUAAUCAGGAACCAUUACAACAAAAUCAACAACUAUUACAAAAUAAUCAAGAACCAUUGCAACAAAAUCAACAGCUUUUACAAAAUAAUCAGGAACCAUUACAACAAAAUCAACAACUAUUACAAAAUAAUCAGGAACCAUUACAACAAAAUAAUCAACAGCUGUUACAACAGAAUCAAGUUCAACAACAAAAUCUAGUAGAUAAUCAACAAAUACAACACAAAAAUGAGGAACAGAUACAUCAAGUUAAUCAACAAAAUAUAAAAAUCAACGAGGAUACUUUAAACCAGGAAAAGCCUGCUAAACCCAAAGACCCCCUAGUUGAACAAAAUAAGGACUCCUUGGUUGGUGAGCAAAAAGAGGGGGAGGUUCACAAAAGCCGUAUACUGAACUCAGUUGGGUUUCUGCCCUGGGAGAAGCAGGGAGUGUUUGCGGAUUUACAAGAGAAAAAGGAAUCCAUGGCACGACAAAGGGCAUUUGAAUCAGAGCCAGUACAUGGGCGUCACCUUUUGGACACAUUUGGUGAUUCACUGCGUCACGUCAACAAGCUGUAUAACCAGAUGUUUGGGUAUGAUGCACGGAAAGUUCCUGGUCACAUGCCUCAUAUGAUCGACAAGAACAUCAUGAAUGAGAUGCAGAAUCUGUUUCCACACGAGUGGGAUGUGACAUCAUCGCACAAGAUACGACAUUCCAAAGACAUGCAGUUUGCCUUCUCAUUCUUCUACUACGUGAUUGGUGCAAAACAAGAUGUUACCGUGGAGAUGAUUUUUGAUGAGAUGGAUGUGGACAAAUCAGGGGUUCUAUCUGACAGAGAGUUAAGGACAUUAGCUACACGACUCUAUGAGCUGCCACUGACCCUAGAGCAAUUGACAGGCAUCGAGAAAAACCUGAUCAACUGUUCCCAGCAUACCAAGCAAGUAGAGUAUGUCUCAUAUAAUAACAUGGAGAGGUACUAUGAGAAAGAUAUGCGCCAAGUUACGAAGACUUUAGUUCUGAACUGUGAACCAAUUAUAGAAUUACUCUCAAAGAACUUUAAAGUCAGGAACAAAUUCAAGUUUGAGAUCCUCGGAGAUGAUGACAUUGCAUUUAAAAUGAUCCGCAGCAAUGUCUCUCGUGUAGUUGGUCAGUUAGACGACAUCAGGAGAAACCCAAAGAAAUUUGUCUGCCUUAAUGACAACAUCCAACAUGGUUCAGAAGAGUCUAAGACAGUCAAGGCAGUACUGCAGGACUUCUAUGAAGGGCUAUUUCCACUUGUGUCACAAUUUGAACUUCCCAGAGAGUACAGGAACAGGUUCCUCCAUACUGAUGAACUCCGAGCUUGGAGGAGAUACAGAGACUGGUUGAAGAUGUGGACUCACCUGGCAUUGUUCAUACUAAUCAUGUUCACUAUAGCAUCAUUCUUUGGGGAUAAGAUUGAGCAACUAAAGAGAAAAUUCUGGCGACAGCGGGUCGGAGAGCGGAAAAAAGAUCGAGUCGAGGAUGUUUGACAAUUACUUCUCUGGAUUUGUACAACAGAUUUUUGGAUGCUUGUACUGUUAAUAAUGCUCAUAAUUAUUGUUGGAUUUAUGUAUUUUAGAACACCAUAAAAAAUAUUUUUACAUAUUAAAGAUGAUCAUAGUCACGUUGGAUAAAGCCAAUGCAAUACCAGCAGAAAUUGAUAUUGAAUAAUUGGCUUUACCCACUGUGAUAUAAACAAAAAUUACUCAAUUUAAUAUUCACUGUAUUUCAUCAGUGCAAUUUUACAAUACUGAAUGUCCUGUAUAAAAAGUUUGAAAAAUAACUUGUUUUGUAAAAAACAUUUAAAUUAUUUGCAGUAUUUCUUCGCUAACAUUAUGUAAUAAGUAUAUUUCUAGUCUA